UUCCCGGAUUAUCCAGCGCCGUUGCUGGUUUGAAUCUCGCUCGCUUUCAGUUACGUUUCUAGUUGUUUCUGCGGCGGCAGCUCAUUUCGCCAUUCGUUUCAGUUUCUUCUACAAGUCUUCUGCGAGUAUUCUCCAAGUCACUUCGUCAACGGCCGGGUUGUCUCACAGCAAGCUCAGUUCGCCUCUGUUAUAACUUGCGAUGGCCUCAUCACAAGUGUCACGUAGCGAAAGAUGCCCCGUCGAAGGUUGCUCGAUGUUGGGAUCGGUUCGUUGGCUAUUUGAUCACAUUCGACACAUUCAUAGUCCUGAGGAUUGGUCACGUGAUCAUAUCACUCGCUACAACUUGGUCCAAUGUCCGAUGUGUUCUCACUGGUUUAUUAGACUAAACCAGCAUUUACCCAAAUGUAAGUCUCGCUCGACGACCGUCUCCAGUUCUAGCCAGGGUUCAUUACAUCAAUCUACUUCGAGUUCGGUGUCUCAUAUCAGCGAACAUCCGGGCACUCUGACAGGUCACCGUGACGUCACUCCUGUACCUACCAUCCCGGAUGUUCCUACUUCUUGCGGUCCAAACACAUCCAGUCAACCUUGUCGCCCUAUGGAUCGUGAAUCUAUCGGCUGGAGCUUCAUCCAAUCAAUAUCUACGGAGGAAUUGUUGAAGAGCCUACCACCUAGAACAGUCCAAAGCAUCCCAUCCAAGCUGAAGUCUCUUUUUCAAGACUGCUGUUCUAUCCCACUUAGUCAACUUGCCUUAGAUUCAUCAGAUGUCAAAGCUUGGAAAUUGUUACUUCUUAUUCCCAAGAUGAUUCUUACUCCACUUGGCAGAUCUGGUAAAUCCCAUACAAGUGGUAUCAAAGCAAGGUACAAACUUUUUCUGGAAUAUCGAUGGGAAGAAUUACUCCAGAUUUGGCAACUAUCGUCUGAGACAGUUAAUGUUAAUGUUAAGCAGGUAAACAAUCAACGUCAUGCCCGGCAAUCAGCCAUUCGUCUUGUGAAAAGUGGCGAGUUGUCAAGAGCUGCUCGAAUAUUAACCAGCAAAGGCCUGGCACCUGCUAGUGAUGAAACAGUGGCCAAACUAUCUCUCAAACACCCUACACGAGAUCCCAACACCCCUGUUCCACACUCUGAUACCUGCAAUUCAAUGGCUUUGCCAGCUUCAGUCAUUAUCAACGUCAUUAAAAAGUCCCCUCGAGGUUCUGGAGCAGGCCCUUCGGGCUGGAAGUUUGAACACCUCCGAAAUCUUCUAGAUAACGGUGUGACCCAGGACGCCUUAGUCAGAGUUCUCUCAUCCAUUGCUGAAGGAAAUCUUCCAAGCCUUGUCACUACCUGGCUGUCUGCUUCCCGAUUGAUUGCCUUGCCCAAAAGCAGUGGUGAUGUUCGACCUAUAGCCAUUGGCGAGGUUCUCCGCCGAGUCUCAGCUAAGGCUAUCUGUCAUCACUUGAAAUCUGAGUUCUCUGCCUACUUUGCUCCCUUGCAGCAUGGGACCGGAUUGGGUGCUCGUUAA